AUGGUACCGACAUACCAAUAUGGAACACUCCAUGGCUUAGGAAUGAGCUUAAUCCCUAUUAUAACAACCCCAACAACUCAGACCUUACUAAUGCAAAGGGUUCAUGCGCUAAUUGACAUGCAACAGGGAGUUUGGAAUGAAGCUGUCAUCCGAAGCAACUUCAAUGUGAGAGAUGUUGAAGAAAUUCUGAAGAUACCACUUGUGAGCAUGGCUAGAAAAGAUGAUAUUAUAUGGAGAUUUGAUAAGAAAGGGCUUUACUCAGUUAAAAGUGCAUAUCGAGUUUGUGUGGAUGUUUUAAUUAAUAGAGAUGAACGGAAGGUGGAAGGAGAUUGGAAUAAAUUGUGGAACCGCCCUAUUCCUCCGAAGGUCAAACACUUCAUGUGGCGCCUAGGAAGGAAUUCCCUUGAGAAGCUAAUGGACUUUGCUGAAAGUUUUCAUGAAGUGUUCAUUAGACUUUGGAAAGAAUUGAAUUCCUCUCAACUUAUUAAUUUUGCAAUGACUUCUUGGAGCAUAUGGAAGAUGAGGAACUUGAAGCUUUGGGAGAACAAGGAUGAGUGA